GCAGCAAGGCAGCAGUUUUGUUGCCGAGUUUCUUCUGUUUGCUGUGCUUUUAGAAUAAAAAGGGUGGCAUUGUCUGUCUUCAAUUGUAUUGUUGUUGAGCAGUCGAGACUCAAUUCAACCCCGCAGAUAGAGAGAGAGAGAGGGAAACAUCACCCCCCAAAAAUGGCCGCCUUAUCGACAACCCUCCCCCUGACCCGCGACUCCGUCUUCUGGGCGCACAAAGUCGUCAAGAAUCAUGUGCAUCGCACCCCAGUGGUGACCAAUCAGACGCUUUCCGAGCUUGCAUCGACUCCAAGGACGGCUGAAGACCUACAGGGCACUCGAUUCGCCGGCCGCACGCCUGCAAAGCCCGUGCUGAGGCUGUGGUUCAAGUGCGAGAACUUGCAGCGCAUCGGAGCCUUCAAGGUGCGCGGAGCGUUUUAUGCGCUUCACAAACUGGCUGAGGAGCCGGGAUGGCUGGAGGGAGGUGGAAAGGAAAAGGGCGUGGUGACGCAUAGCUCUGGCAAUCAUGCACAGGCUCUCGCUCUCGCAGCCAGGGAAAACGGCAUCAAGGCUCACAUCGUGAUGCCCGAAAUCUCCAUCCCGGCCAAGAUUGCCGCCACAAAGGGCUAUGGCGCCAACGUAGUCUUCAGUGGCAGCACCAGUGUUGAGCGUGAGGCUGUCACCGAAAAGGUCAUUGCUGAGACCGGCGCACGGCUAGUUCCACCUUAUGACCACCCCGAUAUCAUGCUUGGCCAGGGUACCCUCGGGCUGGAAUUGCAAGACCAAGUAGAGAGCAGCAUUGCCUCGUCGGUCAAUUCUGCUGGGCAGGCCCUUAGGGGUGUGUAUGCGGCCGCGGCGAACAAGACAAAGGGAAAUGUGCAAGGGCUCGAUGCCAUCAUCACUCCAUGCGGCGGCGGAGGCAUGCUCUCCGGUGUGGCGCUGAGCUGCGAGGGCACAGGCAUCCGUGUCUUUGGAGCUGAGCCUUCGUUUCAGGGAGCUGACGAUGCCAAGCGGGGAUAUGAGUCGGGCGAACGCAUCCCAGCCGUGUCUUCGCUCACUGUUGCCGACGGACUACGAACUCCAGUGGGUGUGCACCCCUGGAGUGUCAUCUACGAACGACGUUUAGUGAGCGGCAUGUUUAGCGUAACGGAUGAAGAGAUUCUCAAGACAAUGAAGCUUGUAUAUGAGCGGAUGAAGCUGGUGGUCGAGCCGAGCGCAUGUGUUCCGCUGGCGGUUGCGCUGUUCGAUGAGGAUUUCAGAAGCCUCGUGGAGAAGGAGGCUGGCGAAGAGGGAUGGGACUUGGGCCUUGUGUUUAGCGGUGGAAACGUUGCUGUUGAAUCACUUGGGAAACUCCUCUCUAGAGAGAAAUGAGAGGCGAGAUUGAUGAUUUAUAGACAAGUUCAAUGAUGAAGUAGAGUAGUAUGGCUUCAAAGUUGUGCUGAAUGACGUCUCCCUUUA